AAUCGAUUGGGUUAAUUGUCAUUUGUUUUUUUUAAUUUAGUUUAAUCAGAUUGGUUUUUAUUGUUAAUCUUUUUUUUUGUGUUGUUUUGUUUUGUGUUCGCUGGUUCGGACUUUCCUUUUUGGUUAUUGGAGAUUGAAAUUGAUCGAUUUGUUGUUUUGGAAAAUGGAUUCAGAGAAACGAGAUGUUCCCAUUCCUCCUCAUAGGUUAACACCUUUAAAGGAAAAUUGGUUGAAAAUUUAUAAACCUUUGGUUGAGACUUUAUUGAUUCAAGUUAGAUUUAAUAUGAAAGCUAGACUGGUUCAAUUGCGUACUUGUUCACAAACCAAGGAUAAAGAUGCUAUUCAAAAAGCUGCUGAUUUUGUUCAAGCUUUUGCUCUUGGAUUUGAUGUAGAAGAUGCUAUUGCUUUACUCCGUUUGGAUCAAUUAUAUUUAGACUCAUUUCAAGUUGAAGAUGUUAAAAAUUUAAAAGGUGACCAUUUAUCUAGAGCUAUUGGACGUAUUGCUGGUAAAGGAGGAAGAACAAAGUUUACUAUUGAAAAUGUAACCAAAACACGGAUUGUUGUCGCUGAUCAUAAAAUUCACAUUCUAGGAUCUUAUCAAAACAUUCGGACCGCAAGGACAGCAAUUAGUAAUCUAAUUCUUGGUAGAGCACCAGCUCGAGUUUAUCGUAAUUUGAGAGCAUAUUCUGCUCGUCAAGCAUUCUGAUCUGUAAAUACAAAAUCCAUUUCUCUGUCAAUACAUAAAAUAACUUAAGUUAACCAAUUGUCAUUUAAAUUCAAUUCAUCAUUGAUUGAAUGAUUAAAAUGAAAGUGUGGACCGGUAA